GCUGGAAAUCAGCUGACAUGGAUGUGUUGACAAGCUGUCAAAUUCUAUCUCCUAUUACAUUUUUUUCUUUACAUUUUUAAUGCGAACUGUCACGUUUGACAUGCAUAAUCACGAAUGAAGUAGAAAGAAAGUGACUGUAAACAUGAUGACCGAUGUGGGAGAAAUCGAAGCAGCAGAAAUUCAAUUAAAAACCGAAAAACAAUCGAGCGAAGAUAGCGAAGUAGAUUUUUCGGAAGCUGUAGAAAAACUGGCAGAAGGUCUUUUGAGUAUUUAUCAACCUCCAUUAGAACAAGUUAAGCAUGAACUUUUUGAGUUAACAAAUAAGCAGGAGACUCUACUCGCUCGAAUGCAACUUGAGAAUAAAAAGAUACACGAGACAUUCGAAGAUAUAGAUUUAAAUGAUAUGUUUUCAACUAUUAAAAUUUAUCAAGGAAAAUUAGCAGUGAUAAGAAAAGAAAUGAUUAAUAUUCAUGAAAGGACUUCUAAAUUAAAGAAACGUGUGUUACGUUUGCAACAAAUUAAGCAAAAGCAAGCGAUGAAUAAAGAGCAACAACGUGAGCAAGAACUGCGCAGGGAACAAGAAUUAAUUGGUAAAUCUACAACUAAUUAAAGAUGUUAACAUAAACCAUUAAAA